CCAGUCCAGCAACACCAAUGGCAUCAUCCUCCACGGCGUCCGCCCCUACUCCCGUGACGGAAGGCGAGUUUCUCCUGCGCUUCUGGGAUGCCCAUGGGUCUACCUUCAUGAAGUGGUUCUUGGGACUUCCGUAUGCCGGUCAGCUAUCCAUGCUUCGAAAUGCUUCUCCAGAUCUGCCACUGUCUCCUCCCACGAGCGAACUCAAGGCGUCCGACUUCUUGGCGCCAGAACUCACGCUAUCGGCCUUGCUUGCGGACGAAGGGAAACCUCUGGUUCGUCUUCUCUGCAAUCGCGCUCGCUUUGACUGUGCGGCCGAGGACUUGGCGUACUUGAAGGCGCUUCGGGCCAAGAACCGCAUGCCCACGUUUUCAGGCACCACGUUCGACACUGUGGCCCUGGCCUUUAUCGACCCGAAGGACCCCGAGCAGCAGAUUCAGUCGCUCCUUCCGUCCGUGUCUGCUCAUGUUCUUGACGAAAUGAAGGCCAAAAUCCAGCGAAAUGUACUCAUCGAAGCGGAUGUGUGGCUCACGCUGCAGAUGCGGCAGCAAAUAAUCCUGACGUUCUUGGCCAACAUUGCUCGCACGUUUGAACAAGUGUUCUUCGAGCGACAAGGUCCGGCGGAAGCCAAGAUGGGCUGCCGCACAUGCGGAGCCAGCACCCAACCGACCGAAAAGGCCCUGUUGAAGUGCCCGUGCGACGCCGCCUUGUACUGUUCCAAAGAGCACCAGACAGCAGACUGGCCCCACCACAAAGCUGCGUGCAAGCUGAUUCGCCAGCGACGAGCGGAACUGGACAGUGCAGACGUGCCCACGCGUAGUUAGUUUGACAUGUCGUUACGAUUUCUAAUACACAAGUCUUGAC